AUGGCGUCUGAAGGCACCUCGGGUACAUCGACUCCCAACUCGCGCUUCACGACUCAAGCAAAGACGGCCGACGACAUUCUCUCCGCGCAGACCGUCGGUCUUGUCCAACUCGACGACUUCCGCAAACGACGAGCGGAUGCCAUAGAUGCAAAGGAACGAGAAGCACUCGAGUCUGGCCGUGCCACCCCCAGCAGCGUCACAGACAGCCCUGACCCGACAUUCAAGCCCUCCAAGAAGAAGCGCAAGACUGUCAAGAAGGGUGCCCUAUCGUUUGGCGACGAUGGUCACGAUGACGGCCAGAGCCAGAGCGAGUCGUUGAAGUCCCGCUCUGCCACUCCUGCAGCCACCAAAGAGGAAAGCACACAAGACGAGGAACAAGCGGCACCCAUCAAGAAGCGCCUCGCUGCGAACUCCAACGUUGGCUUCAUGGCCAAAUCUAUGUCCAAGUCAGCCCUACUGCGCGAGGCACAGACACGGGAACAACUGCGCAAAGAGUUUCUCGUCAUGCAAGAAGCAGUCAAGCAGACGGAAUUCCUGCUCCCCUUCGUCUUCUAUGACGGCACAAACAUCCCUGGUGGUCAAUGCCGCGUGAAGAAGGGGGACAUGGUCUGGCUCUUCCUCGAUCGCGCGAGAAAGGUCGGUGCCGAGGUUGGAGGCAGCGACAAGGCUCGACGUGAAUGGGCCCGUGUCGGUGUCGACGAUUUGAUGCUCGUCAAAGGCGAUAUCAUCAUCCCUCAUCAUUACGAGUUCUACUAUUUCAUGGUCAACAAGACCAAUGGCUAUGCUGGACCCCUGUUCGGUCAUUCUGCCGAACCCACGGCAACCACUCCCGUGGACCCCUCGGCUUCGACUCCCUCAGGCGGUUUGUCGAUACCCACCGCAGCCUCAAAGACGCCCAAGACGCAGACGCAGCCAUCCGGCGUUCCUGACGCAGACCUUGAGGGCUUCGGCUCAGACCCAAACUCGACAAAGGUCGUCGAUCGACGCUGGUAUGAGAAGAACAAGCACAUCUUUCCCGCCAGCACAUGGGAAGACUUUGACCCGAACAAGGAUUAUACCAAUCAUGUGCGCAAGGAUGUGAAUGGUAACGCUUUCUUUUUCGCAUCAUGA